AUGCGUCCAGCGUCAAUGUCACGCGCGAGCGUGUCAGAUCUAUCCUGCAGAAACCUGGAAGCGAGAUUAGAGCCGAGCGCUGCUGCCAUUAGACGACAUGAACCGUACGGCUCGUUUCCUCGACCUCGUACCUUCCGGUUCCCCACUCCGAUCAGCAGAAGAGCGUUAUCCGUCAGAAGUGCCGCGGAUUCAAGCCAGUCGGCCAACGAAAUGGAUGGAAUCAAAGUGUCGCCGAACGCGUCGGGGAAGGCUUCAGGAGGCGACAUGAUGAAACUCUUCAACGACGCGCAACAGAACAUGCUGUACCUGAACAAGCAGCGCCUCAUCGCGCUGGACGAGCUGCACAAGGCGGAGGCGGAGCGCGAGUACCUGGCGGCGCGCGUCGCGCAACUGCAGGCGGAGGCGGAGGCGGGGGAGGCGCAGCGCAAGCUGCUGGAGGAGCGCCUGAGAGCCGCGGAGCUGGGGGUCGCCGCAGCACCCAGCAGCCCCACGCGUUCAGUAACUACCGCUCCGGGCAGCAAAGCGAGCGGCAAGGCGGGCGGCAGGGCGGGGGAGCCGGCGUCCGUGUGGAGCCGCCUGCUGCUGCGCGUGGACGGGCUGCUGCUCGCCAAGGCGCUCACCGCCCCGCAGGCGCAGGCGCUAAGAGGGCUCGCUGCCUCUAGGGAUGCCCGCGCUGCUGACGUGUACGCUGACGUGGAGCCGCUGGAGGACGCGCAGGUGGUGCGCGCGCUGCUGCGACUCAUUGAUGGCAGCAACAGGACACUGCACGUGGUGCACGUGUGCACGGAGCUCGCGCCAGUGGCCCAGGCGGGGUCCCUAGCCACGUGGAUGGCGGGGCUGUGCCGCGCACUCCGCAAGAAGGGCCACCUCGUGGAGGUCGUUCUGCCACUGUACUCAAGCGUGGACACGAGUGCCAUUGAGGACUUCAGGGAGGCGCCAGGCGAGAUCAUGUCCUUCUUCGAUAACAAGUGGCACAAGAAUAAGAUCUACACCGGCACGGUGCACGGGCUGCCAGUGACGUUCAUCCACCCGCUGCACCCAGCGGCCUUCUUCCAGAGGGACCACCUCUACGACUAUGAGGACGACUUUGAGCGCUUCACCUACUUCACGCGGGCAGCGCUGGAGUACGUGCAGCAGCAGGGCAAGCAGCCGGACGUGCUGCACCUGCACAACUGGCACACGGCAGUGGGCGCACCGCUGUUCUGGGACAUCUACCACCACCAGGGCAUGCCCGAUACCCGCAUCCUCUUCACCUGCCAUGACGCCCGCUUCCAGAACGCCCAGCCAGCAGGCAAGCUGGCGCAGGUGGGGCUGGACCCGUCGCAGCUGAACCGCCCUGAUAGACUGCAGGACAACCGCGACCCGGCUCUUGUGAACCUGCUCAAGGGUGGCAUCGUGUAUUCCAACAAGGUAACAACGGUGUCGCCCACGUAUGCCAAUGACAUGAAGACCCGUGAGCUCGGUUGCGGCCUCGAUGCCACCGUCACCAUCCACAGCCAGAAGUUCGCUGGUUUGCCCUCCGGACUCGACCAAUCCACGUGGGACCCAACCCGCGACCUCGCACUCCCCGUGCCAAUCACAGCCUCUGAUCCCAUGCCUGGCAAGGCAGUGGCUCGGGCGGAGGUUCGGAAGAGGCUCGGGUUGCCAGUGAUAGACUCGGCAUCGGGGUUGGAGCGCGCAGUGGUGGCGUACGUGUCGCCGCAGAUAGGGGAAGCUGAUGUGGAGCUCAUUAAGGGGGCGCUCGCAUGCUCCCUAGCCUACCAGGCCCAGUUUGUGCUGGUGGGGGCAGCACGGUCGCCCAAGGUGCAGAUGGCCCUCGAGGAACUGCAGAGGGUGCAGCAGGACCGCAAUGCACACCUGGAGAUCGUGUACGAGGAUGAUUUGGCACAUCUGGUGGUGGCGGCGGCACACGUGCUACUCUGCCCGCCCCUCCGCGACCCCUCCUCACACUUGCCGCUGGUGGGGGCGCGCUACGGCGCCGUGCCUGUGGCCCGUCAGCUAAUGGGAUCACCUGACAGCCUAGUGGACGUGGAUGACCCGCGCCGCGGUGCCUCGGAGGGAGCGGGUUUCUUCUAUGCCUCCGACAAGCCGGCUGACGCUGUCAUCGCUCUCACUCGUGCCCUCAAGCUCCUUAAGGCGGAUCCGCAACGUAGUCGUCGUGGCGCCUCUGCUGCUAUGAUCCGGUUCAUUCUCCUCCAGAAUCGGCAGGGAAAGACGCGCCUGGCGAAGUAUUAUGUUCCACUAGAGGACUCGGAGAAGCACAAGCUCGAAUUCGAGGUUCACCGGCUGGUGGUUCAUCGCGAACCCAAAUUCACAAACUUUGUCGAGUUCCGCACGUACAAGGUGAUCUACCGGCGCUAUGCAGGCCUCUUCUUCUCCCUCUGCGUUGACCUCACGGACAACGAGCUGGCUUACCUCGAGAGCAUCCAUCUCUUUGUGGAGAUCCUAGAUCACUUCUUCAGCAACGUCUGCGAGCUUGACCUCGUCUUUAAUUUCCACAAGGUAGGAUUCUUUCGGAUUGAGGCCGGAAAGCUCUCUAGCGAUCUCCCAGUUCUCUCAUGUCCUUUAACGCGGUUCAAGCGGCAGCGGCCGCCGACAAUAGAUAUCCCGCGUAAGGGCUGCUUCACGUCGUCGCCGGCCGGCACGCCGGAUUCAGCGGCGGAGGAUGCGCUGGACGGCGUGGUGGAGGUGGCGGAAAGCGGCGCGUGCUUUGCGGUGGCGUGCAAGCGCGGGCGGAAGGCGGUGAUGGAGGACACGUACCAGGCGCUCAUGGGGUUCGCGGGGCGCGAGAGCGAUGUAAGUGCGGGGAGCUACCGACUCUGCAUUUGCGUGUCGUCCACGUGCGUUUCAUGCGUCUGCAUGUCGCCGUGGCGUGCACGCGCGGGUGGAAAGCGGGGAUGGAGGACACGUACCCGGCGCUCAUGGGGUUCGCCGGGCGCGAGAGCGAUGUGGACGUCAGGGGAAUCGGGGUUAUCUUCCCUGCGUUUGCGUGUCAUGGACAUGCGUGUCAUGGACAAACGUGUCAUGGAGAUGCGUGUCGUUGACAGAGGGGUCAUGGACAUGCGUGUCAUGGAGAUGCGUGUCAUUGAUAGAGGGGUCAUGGACAUGCGCACCAGGCACUGCUGGGUUUCGCUGGGCGCGAGAGCUGUGAACGUGCGCAGGGGGCCGGGGUUGUGUGUUCUGCAAGUCAUGGUUGUGCGUAUCAUGGAUAUGCGGGUCGCGUUCUUCGGGGUGUUUGACGGGCAUGGCGGCACGGCAGCCGCCAAGUUCGCAGCAUCGGAGCUGGCGAGCCACGUGGCGCAGGCGGCUGCGCGCAGAGGCGCGCACGCCAGCGCGGCGGCGGUGGUGGAGGGGUACCUUGAGACGGAUAGGCGCUUCCUGGGCCAGAACGUCGCCAGUGGCACGAGCUGUCUCACCUGCUGGGCCACGCCUGGGCGGCUUCUGCUGGCGCAUGCGGGGGACUGCAAGGCGGUGCUGGUGAAGGGGGGAAGAGCGGUGGAGCUUACAGAAGACCACCGGGCGGGCAGGGAAGACGAGCAGGCCCGCAUCACUGCCCUGGGUGGCUUCGUGGACACGGCCACGGGCAUGCCCCGCGUGCAGGGCAUUCUGGCCGUCACGAGGGGCAUAGGCGAUGCACACUUGAAGGCGUUCAUCACGCCGCAGCCGGACGUGGCGCAGGUGCGCGUGGGGGCGGACUGCAGCGCCCUCAUCCUCGCCUCAGACGGGCUCUGGGAUGUUGUGGCACCGCAAGAAGGCGCUGACGUGGUCAUGGCUUGUGUUGGCACGGCAUUGGAGGCACGGGCAGCAGCGGGAGAGGCGAAGGCAGCAGAGAGGGAGGUGGGGUCAGCAGCUUCUGCUCUGCUGGGACCGCCUGCCUCCCCCCCGUGCAAACGGGCUCGCAUGCAACACACACAAGGAUGUGCAGCAGCAGGGACUUCAGAGGAGGUUGUAGCAACUGAGAGGCCAGCUAAUUUAGCAACAUUGCAGCAAGCGAGUGCCGCAGUUCUGGCAGAGGAAAGGGAAUCAGAAAGUGGUGGGAGCAAGAAGGUUGAAGGGGCUUUCCACAGUGAGAAGGGGAUAAGAGAUUGCAGUGGGGGUGGGGGUAGUGAGAGGGGAGGGAGUGAGAGAGAGACAAGAGAGGUGGAUGGGGAGGUGCUGCUGAGUGCAUGCCAGGCGUUGGUUGGCAUGGCAGCAGCACGGGGGAGUAGGGACGAUAUCACUGUCAUGCUUGUGUCACUUGCCCCUUUUGCUGAGUCAGCAGCAUCUUAG